CCAGCUACAAUACCUGCUAGACCUGUUGGCGAUUUGAAAUGGGCUACUGCUGCAUCACAAGGUAUGGAUAAGGAGAAAAGGAAUUCUCCUUCUUCCGCAGUGAAGAUAGACCCUACUGUAAAUGCAAAUGUAACCAGUACCCUUCCAAGCGCUAAUAGUACACCAAGGACUUCAACACCAGUAUUAUCUAAUCCUACACUAUCUCAGCAAUUAGAAAGGGCUGGUUCUCUAACAUCUCCAGCUACGACACCUACCACUGUUAACAGCUUAUUAAAUAAACCAGUCGGUAAAUUAAACACUCCAGUACAUCAACUAGCAAAUGUAACUGCUCCACUAGAAGUAAAUAAUUCUAGUCUGAAUGAUGAAUCUGUGGAAUCUAUUUCUAGAAAUCUUCCUGUAGAUGACUAUGAAUCAGAUAUUACUGAUGAUGAUUUGGAGACGACUAUGCCAAUUGAAAAUAUUACUAGCGAAGAAAUUGAAAAACGUUCUCAAAGAAUAGAGUCCCUGAGAAACUGUUUUAAUGACAAGAUAGAAAUAAUAGGUCUGCCAUGUGGUAUCCAGCAAUAUCUAAUGGGGAAAGUAUUACAUGAUACAAAGUUAUACCAAUUGGAUGGAAAACUUGGCGGUUACAGGAGAUCUUGCGAUACCUGUUAUAGUCCUUCUAUUGACAUUUUACCUGUAGGAGCAAAUCCACCAACAUCUGUAGAUGCGUUUAGGUCAUGUCAUCAAUGGGACUCAAUUUCCAGUUCGUUAAGAGAGGUUCUUUUGGAAGAUAACACUAAUGAAGACAAACUAAGAUUAGUUUUGGAGAGAUUCAGACCAACAGAAAUAUUUACAUUAUUUUACCAUUAUUACUUUCCCUUGACGCCUUUGCAAAAACAAAUAUCAUCAAUAUUAUUAAUUGAGAGGGAUUGGAAACUUUUAAAAAAUGGUACUAUGUGGUUUUUGAAACAAGGUGAACCAAAAUUUUCUAAUGAAUCAUUUGAAGUUGGUAACUAUAAAAUAUUUAAAGCUGAUGAUUGGACUGUGAUAGAAAAGUUUAACUUUAAAUUAGAUUUCAACUCUUUAAUGUAUCCACCAUCGCAUGUUUCUAGUACAGAUGAUAUACAGCAAUCUCAGAAACAAAAUAGUGAAAAUGAGAUGUUGAGUCAUGGUAAACAAUUGCUACAGCAGUUAAAUCGUGGUAAGAUUGGCCUAACAGCUUAA